CCAAUUAUUGCUUAUAAGGGCUCAAUGCAGCGCUGCCAGAUAGUGGUAUAUCUAGACCCAUCACCAUUCAUGCAUGCGCCAAGUUCGACGCUUCCUCAUACUCAUCCUCUAGCAGUAUGACCCUAGUAUCAGAUGAUCCUAGUUGGUUGCCGGUUAUCAAUGCGAGUCGUAAUGCCAGCUAUUUUGUAGUUGCCGCCUCUGCUGGGAUGAUGUAUGAUUGGGUAUUGACAUUCGGACAAGAGGUCGAACUGGUCUGGAGGCAACACUGGUCCCUCAUGACUUUUCUGUAUUUCAGCGUGCGCUACGUUGGUAUACUAUAUGCUGUCGUCAGCAUACUGCACAGUGUUCCGACAAUCCCGGUCACAGAUGUAGUAAGCUUUGUUAUGUUGCUUGCACAAGAUUGGACGAAUGUGAUCGUAAAUAUAAUACUGGGGGUCCGAGUCAUUAUGAUCGCUCGGUUGUAUGCCAUGUAUCAGCAAUCCAGAAAGAUGCUCGUACUUCUCGUUGUCAUUUUCCUGGCUAUCAACAUCACCAACGUGGUGAUCGCCGCAAUACCAAUGAGGCACAUUUCAGGAGAGGAAUUCAUUCUCUUCGGCACCUAUCAGUGCAGGAUUAAAUUAGAGGGAGAUGCCCUAACUCUAGGAAUCACGACUUCGGUGCUCACAAUUGUAUGGGAGGUCCUCGCACUGUGUCUCGCAGUCUGGAUUGCAGUAAAACACUUCCGUGAGCUGCGACGACAAUCGGCAGGAGGGAGCAUCAGUAACUUUUUCACGGUGUUGAUGAAAACCCACGUAGUUUACUUUGCGAGCUUUCUUGCUGUUUCUUGCUCCAGCCUCGUUUAUCUGUCCCCGGCGAUCUUGGGGGACUUUUCCUCCCUGGAAGCUCAGAUUUAUUCUGGUGUUCUUGAAUUUUGUACGGUCGUGCAGAUGUUUGUGCUGGGACCACGCCUGAUCCUUAGCGUUCGAGAAUAUCACGCUAAGCUCGUGGCAGACUGGGAUGCAGCAAUCACCAUGACUUCAAUUGCUUUCCAGGAGCGCACGCAUGUGUCAACUGGCAGUAGUGUCUAGCAGUAAAUACUCGAUGACAUCAUCCUUUGUUGGGUACUCUGCAUGGAGGGGAGGUUUUUCUUUUGUUCCAAGUUUCGUUGCGGUACUAAGCUAUUUAAUAUCUAUGCAAUGGCCCAUGUACGAAGCCGCACUGACCGCCAAGCAGCUUUCCAGCUGGAGGCGGAACAUCGUCGAACAUCAAUUAUAA